CUGGGACCGAUGCAGAACGGGGAGGGUAUGAGCCCGCAGGACUCCAAGGCACUGAGGGAUGAGGCCAUGAAGGACCACAAGGCCCCUUGCCAGAAUCAGGGAUGCAUGGAGCCCACAGCUCCUCCGCUUCCUCCCCCAUCACCGCCAUCAGCAGGGCCUCCAGAGUACCCGAGACCCAGGCUCAUCUUCCACACCCAGCUGGCUCAUGGGAGCCCAACAGGGCGCAUUCAUGGAUUCACUAAUGUCAAGGAACUGUAUGCCAAGAUCGCAGAGGUGUUCAACAUCUCUCCGUCAGAGAUCCUUUUCUGUACCUUAAACUCUCAUAAAGUGGACAUGCAGAAACUUCUUGGAGGACAAAUUGGACUGGAGGACUUCAUCUUUGCUCAUGUCAGAGGGGAAACAAAAGAAGUGGAGGUGACAAAGACCGAGGAUGCAUUAGGUCUCACUAUCACAGACAAUGGAGCUGGAUAUGCUUUUAUCAAGAGAAUAAAAGAGGGCAGCACCAUUGACCGACUGAAGGCGGUUUGUGUCGGUGACCACAUCGAAGCCAUUAAUGACCAGAGCAUCGUAGGAUGUCGGCACUAUGAGGUCGCCAAGAUGCUAAAGGAGCAACCAAGAGGCCUCCCUUUCACUCUUCGACUUGUGGAGCCCAAGAAAGCCUUUGACAUGAUUGGAAUGAGAACUAAAGCGCCAAAAUCUAAUGAGGGAAAGCUGGUGAAUGGGAGAGAAACUCUUCGGCUUCGGUCUAAAGGGGCUGCUACAGUUCAGGAAGUGCAGAGUGAAUUUGAAGAACAGGCCACAAGGAAAGUGGAUGAUCUCUUGGAGAGCUAUAUGGGGAUCAGAGACCUGGAGCUGGCAACCACCAUAGUGGAAGCAGGCAAGGACAAGAAGAACCCUGAUGACUUUGCUGAGGCCUUGGAUUCUGUUCUGGGAGAUUUUGCUUUUCCUGAUGUGUUUUUGUUUGAUGUUUGGGGAGCCAUUGGAGAUGUUAAAAAUGGCAGAAUUUAGAUAUUAACUCUGUUGAGAGUAUUAUAUCUGUUUAUUGGUAAAUCCAGUUGCACAACAAAGAACAUAGUUGUUUUAUUAGUUCUGGGUUGAUUUCUUUAUAAUUUUCUAACAUAAUCACAAGGAUCAUCAUAAAUUCAGCAAUCUUCCUUUGGACUUUUGAUUAUGGCCCCAGAGGAUCAUCACUGUAACCAAAAUAAAUGAAACACAAAAAACAUAGAAGUACUUUGAAAUUCCUCUCUACUUCAUGUGCAUUCACAUUUUUAUAUUUAUAUCAAGGUUUAGGUCCCUCCCUCUGACACAUAUGGACCAUUAUAAAAAAUACUUCAAAUUAGAUAGGAGACAUCGACAAACAACCUCGGAAUCUAAGAAGUUAAAAAAAAUACCACUAAGCUAAAAUUACCCUGUAGAAACUUGAAAAACACAAAUGUUUUUGAGUAACUUCAAAGGUAGGCAGUAAUGUGUUUAAGAUCAAUGAGGAAAGGUUAUACCUUUUCCAUUUCCCAAAUUGUAUUUCAACUAUUCUGAGAGGAAAGAAAACGGGUAAUUUGCUAGGUCUUUGCUUUCUUGUAGCAUGGGUUAGACAGCUGUUUUCAUUCUGAGGAGUGGCUCUGCUUCUGCCUUUGCUGGAUUGUUUUCAGCACAUAUGUGCAAUGUGCUUAGCAAAAUAAAAAAAAAAGCUGCACAAAGAAUUAUUAAUUUACAAAUUAUUUUCUUCCUACAAAUGCUAUACAUCUUUAGACAUAUACCAUCCCUGUCAUAUGUCACUAAAAAGGUCUUGAAAGUAAAGUACCUGCCCAGACAUUAAUCCAAUUCAUGGGAAAAAUAUAAUACCAGUGGGGAUAGUCCCAGCUAAAUGACCCUGCUUUGUGAAACAGAUAAUCCCUCACAAUCAACCAAACAGGAACUCAAACCUUUACUUCCCUUAACAAAAUGAGGAUAUCAAAGGAGCUUGUGUAUCCAUUGAUCUUCUGCUCAUGCAAAAGAUUUUGCACUCUUUGUAUAUGGACUGAAAAAUAAGAACAUUCAUGUCUACUCCUAUUGAAAGAACAUGUAUUGACAUGGUCUCUUGAAUUUGCCUAUUUAUGUACAUUUUAAACACAGAAUACAGAUAUGCCACUAAUGCUUGUUGCAGGGACCAUAUUAUACUGUAUUAUGGUUGACAUCACCAGUCAGUUUUCACUGAAUAAAUAGAACCAUUAGAGUAAUCUGGGGAGAGUAAAGCUCUAUUUAACUAAAAUGCCUUGUUGAUUCACAAUCAGGCAUCUAUUAACUUGACAAGUAUUGGUGCAGUUUGUUAACUUUUAAAUAACAUUAAAAACAGCAUCACAAACCUUGUGAUGCUAAAGUCUUAACGUUACCCUGGAUUUGCUAUUUUUAUUUUUACAAAACAGAUUUGUGCAUAUUGUAGGUUUUGUUUUUGUUAUCCGACAUAGCCUCGCCCUCUUGAAGCAAACAAAAGAAUGAUUAAAGUCAAAAAUGAGUCCAAAAGCAUUUGAUAGUCAACAACAAGAACAAAAAAAAAAACUUGCACAAACUAAAUUGUAAAUUCACAACAAUAAACAUUACAUUUUCUUAUAUUUAUUUAUUUAGCUUGACAAUUGUGUAAGUGCUUUUCAAAGUUUAAUUAUAUGGCAAAACACUAAACAUGAGCAAUCUUUCAUCAGCUCCUGCUUUGUACUUUUGUGACAUUUUAGGAAUCUGCAGCUUAUACAGGGGCUGUAUGUUUUGAUUUAAAAAUUGCUUAUAUUGGCCUUGAACUAUGCAAUGU